AUGCUUGCAGCCGCCAACAUACAACCCACCAGUGGCCCCAGCGGGGUAAUUGGACACACUGCAAACAAGAGCAGACCUACAGCAAAGAAACUGUCCGCAGCUGCUCAGAAGGCUGUCUUGCACAGACAAGAUGUCACACUCAUAGCUGAAAAUGAGCAGCUGAAAGUGCAUUUGCUGGAGUUCCAGAACACAGUUGAUGCACUCAAGCUGGCAACAGAAGCUGCUCAGAGGGAGGUGGCCAAAGCCCAGAGAGCUGCUCACAAGGCACCGAAUAGUGGCAAGGUCAGAAACAAGGUCCCAAAGCCAACGCAUCAGGAGUGGAAUAUGCUUCCAAACAUGGAGGCCAAAGAGAAAGACAUCUAUAACAUGAUUUUGCAAACACUAAGAACCGAGAUGCACCAUCUCGGGUUCGACCUCAAGGUCAAAUAUAAAGUGCAGCCUCACAAAAAGCUGGGUAAGCUCUUCAAAAUUGUCUGUUGUAUCUACAAGGCUGACCUCUAUGAACAAUAUGACUUUGAUUGGCCAUUGGCUGAGAUAGUCAAACAGUACCUGCAGAAUUCUUGGAAGCCUCAAACCUGUAAACACAAGGCUGAUGCCAAAAUCAACAAUGAGAGAAUGCAUACAUGCACCCAUAUUGAUGAGCUUGAAGACAGCAAAACAGCAGGGGUAAAUGAAGGGUUGAAUAACAGCAGCAACAAGGGUGAAGGCAAAGGCAAGGGCAAAGGCAAGGGCAAAGGCAAAGGCAAAGGCAAGGAGAGCAUGGGAAUGGAUAGGGACUAA